CAGCCACAACGCCAUCACUCGUUGUCUAGCUCCAGUCAGUUCAACUCCUUAGAGUCGCUCUUUUCGCCGCGCUGGUCGUUGUGCACGCCAUUAUCAAUAAUUCGAUGGCACCUCUUGGAAAUUCGCCCAAGCGGCGACUUCCUUUUUCUCGCAAACCAGUCUCUUUUCCUUUUCCGCCCUUCUCCAAUGUCAAUCGCAGAAACCGCCUAAUCAUAUUGCGCAAAACAAAUGACCAGGACGAUGCUCAUUCUACGAAAAAGAACCACAAUAAUGAUGAGAAGGGUCACGAUAAAGACGAGAAGAAAACAUCUGAAAAACCAACCAAAAGUGCGGAGAAAGUUGAGCACGACUCAGCCAAAGUUCUCGCGGAAGAGGUUACCACUGCACCCAAUCCUAUCUCUGUCACAGUAACCCAUGCUACCGUUUAUUCCAUUGGAUAUAACCCUGACUAUACGUUCACUUCUUCGCCUCGUCCUAGUCGGCCGUCUGCCAGUCCUAAGACAACAUCUUCCAGCACAUUCAUUCCUCUACCGCCGCUUCCGAGUGCCCCUCCUGUAUCUCGGACCACCUUUUCAACAUCCCCAGCCGCUAGUGUCCAGGCUGCAGAAGCGUCUCCUACACAUCCUGCAGCACAACCACACAAAGGCAUACCUGUUGCUGCCAUUGCUACUCUCGCCGUCGGCUCUGCGCUCUUACUUGUUGGUGUCUUCAUCCUUAUCAAGGCUUUUUCACGACCUAGGCGACGAACAAGACCAAAGCCUUCUCUUCCUAUCUUGGCUGACCCGUACGCAGAUGAUCAACCUUUUGAUAUCAAGGAGAAGGACUCUCCCGUCUUUGGUGGCAAAGAGAGAUUCUCAUCGCAGAAUGGUCUCUGGACCCUCGCAGACUAUCCUCCGGCUACUGUGCUACCUGCGCCCGCUCAAGCAGCGGGCAUGACUAGAAAACUAGGCAACGACAAUCCUCCAUAUGACUACAACGCGCUCAACUCCCAUUCACAAUGGCUCCAAUCUUCUAAUGACAUUCCCCGGUCCCAGCUAUCUUCUCAUCCUAUGCAUUCUCAGAGUGUGCCUGCCCUAGUCGUUUCCAAGACAACACCGUCUUAUCAGAACCCAUUGGCGCGAGCAGUUAGCAGAUUUUCCACAACCUCGUUAUCUCUGUACCCUCAGUCGCCUAUCAGUGCCCAGGAUAUCGGCAUAGCAAUCGGCAGCAGCAAAGCAUUUACUGCGGAUGGCCACCCCAUUAUGAAACGCACCCCGAAAGCAGCGUUACGAAGAAGUAAAAGUGAUGUACUAGACAAGAUGGAGCUAGGUGCAUAUGAUGGAGCUGAUGUGACCUCGCCCAAAUUCGCCCCGCAUUUCUUAGAGGCACCAUCGGGGCCUGUCGCUGUUGGGCGUAGUCGAAUCAAGUCUUCUUAUUACACGCCAGGUUCUUAUCCUCGUAUCUCCACCAUUCCCUCUUCCACUUCCUCGAAGAUUCGUGCAGAAAACGCGGACCCUUUUGCAUCACAAAAGCUACCGCCUCUUUCUAGGUCCGAUUCUCGUCGGAACCGCGAUACGAAAGCCUUAGCAUCUGCUAUUGGUUUGACAUCACCAUCCUUAGACCGCGUGCCUCCAUCUCCACAGCCGACGAUAUACCCAGAUGAUUCGCUCAGUGUGGUUGAUGCGAAACGGGCCAGUAAACGAGUCCCAAAAAAGUCUAAACAUUCGUUGGGAAGCGAUGAAUAUCAACGUCAGUCGUUUCAGAUGUUGAAGGAAGUGGAUACAAGCGCGCUGGGGACCAUGAUGCUUAACAUGGACUUUGGAGCGACGAACAAAUCUUUGGCUACGCUUGCGGGACGACUUGGGGAAAAUCUGCCACAUGAUGAUAUCACAUCGGGUUCGAGUGGGACACUGUCAGGAGCGCAGUCAAGAGGAGCACCGGACAAGCCGCCUAGGGUGCCGUCCCCACCGCCACUACCUUCCCUGACGCAAAUGGGACUAGAACAUGCAAAUCCGGCGGCCUACGCGAAUUACCGGAGCCCGACCUACAGUAUCUUUGGGCUGUAUGAGGACGAGAGAAAAAGUAACUAUCAUUACCGGUAAAUAAAAGUUGAUAGUGUAUAUAAUACCAGAAGGGUGAUUGUUGGAUGAUUUCCAUAUGAACAGAUUCAAUUGAGCGGAGAUACCGGCAUGGAGACGAAGCUAUGCGGCUGCGAGAUGCGAUGAGAA